GUGAAAGGAAAAGCGACCACAGCCACCGGCAGGGCUUUGCAGGUGGAAAAAAUGCUUAGGCACAAAGGAGGCUUCUGCCCAAAAGCUGGCCCUGCAGGUGACAGGGAACAACAACAACAGCCCUCCCCAACACACCUGACACCAACACCUCUGACCCAGCGCUUUCGCAACCCCGUUCACCCACUACAGCCACUCUGCCCCGAGACCACAACUGCCACCACAAUCCCCGGCCACGGACACCCCAGCUAAACCCUGCCUGUCCCGAGACCACUACAGCCACCAGCCCAAACCAGAAACCACGGGCGGAAACCCCCAGCAAUCGGAAAGCGAAGAAGGGAAAGCUGCCACCAUACAAAGCCGCACGCCCGGCGGCGUCCCAAGCACAGCCACCAGCACCAACACCAGCAGCACCAACACCGAGCCUCGCCGGGCUCCUGCUCAGCACCGGCCGACAGCACCCACAGACCCACCAUGGCUGCGCUCAAAGCCCCACAGACACACCUGCCGCACGCCGCCCCGGCGCUCCCGCUUCUCCUCACCGCUCUCGCCACCGCCCUCGCCUGCCAACAGCUCUGGACACACGACGACACCUUCCCUGGCGACGCACUCCGCCUCUUCCAGGACAUGGCUCCCAGCCACACACAGCCCUGCCACCUCCAGGAGCCGCCCUUCUUCCCCGACACCCUCCUCCGCGACAACCUCCACCCGCACCAAGCCGCCGUCACCGCCCUACGCAUCCUCCAGCACCUCUUCCACACCCUCAGCACCAACAGCACCCGCCAGCACUGGCCCACCCAGGCUCGCAACGACCUCCUCAACAAACUCCAGCACCACAUCCACCUCCUCGAGCAAUGCCUCCCCGACAACGCCGCGCUCUUCAAAGGACCACGCAACCUGCUGCUCACCGUCAACAAGUACUUCAGGGACAUCCACCUCUUCCUCCGUGCCCACAACCACAGCGCCUGCGCCUGGGACCACGUCCGCCUCGAAGCUCGCGCCUCUUUGCAGCACCUCCACAACCUCACACGCACCAUGCGCCGCUAGCACAGACACCCACGCCCAAAACACCCACCUCCAGGACCUCACCCGCCCGUCCCCCCAACCAGCGACAACCGACGUGCCUGUAACAACCGCACGGCACUCGCAGCCUGCAACCACUGCGUCUCCACUGGUACAGCCUCUCCCCUUCAUUAGGACUGAAGACUUUCUCUACUCAAUUAUUUGUUUGCUCAUUUAUUUAUUUAUUACCUUAUUUAUUUAUUUGCCUAUUUAUUUACUUAUUCACGUAUUUAUUUUUCUACUUACUCGCUAUUUUAUGCCACGGAAAAUAAAGACCCAUGACAAAACAACUGCCACUGCCUCUUGUCUCACUAGCACUGCAACCGCUCUUUGGGCCGGGGGAAAGCCUUCUCCGUUCAACACCAACUCCAAGCCCCGCUCCAAACAGUCCCUGCCCACUCUUCUCACUGGCCCAGCAGCAUCCUGGAGCAACCACUCGGGAAAAGCCAUUGCCAGCAUUUGGCCAACACCCCAGAAUCACCACCCAAAAAUAAAGAAGCGCUAAGGUUGGAAAGCACCGCUGCAGCUCAUCCGCUUCAUCCAUCCAAAUGCCUGGCCCUGGCACUUACAGACAAGGAUGGCCCGCGGGACAGUGUCAAACACUUGCCACAACUCCAGGCACACAAGGUCACUUACUCUUACACAGCGCUCCACAGCCCUAACUACACAGAACAUCACCAAAAAUGCCGGGAACGGCAAUUUCCCACUUUCAAAAGCCACAGUCAGUCCCCAUUUCCAGUCACCUGUCUCAUUUCCAGCGGCCUUAGCAGAGCUUCUCUUUCCCACAGAAGCUGCCUCAUCAUCUUGCCUGCAACGAAGCUCACGCUGACUGCUCUGCAGUUCACACACUCUUCUGCUAUUCCCUUUGUAAAAACAGGGGGACUCUUUCCCUUCUUCUACUUAUCGGUGACUUGACAAACAUCAUUUCUCAAAACCGAUCAACGCUGGCCUACAACUCCACCUGACAGUCCUCUCAGGACUUGCAGAUGAAUCUCAUCAUGGACUUCCACAUACUCAGCUUCCUUAGACGGUCUCACACCACAUCUUAUCCUCCAGUGGCCUCGGCCUCUUCAUUCUUCAUUGCAGGGCUCCCAGCACUUGCCUUCCGUGAUGUUGGCAGUGUGGCAGGAGCUCAAUGACACACAAGGCUGCAACCACCUGCUCCUCUCCACAGCCUCUUCUCCCUGAAGUCUAAAACCCCCAGACCCCAGCACCCACUCAUCGUACGAAUAGUCACGAGGCUACGUCCUCGUGAGGCCAGCCAUGUCAUCCCCGCGCAAAUCUGUGAACAAACAAAGAGGUGCAAACACCUCUUUGCUCUCCCCAGAUUUUGGCCUUUCUUUAAAGGCAUCUGAAACUACUGGCAGGUCUUCUCUACUCCACCUGAAGCAGCCCAGCCCCCUCAGCCUUUCUCACACGUGAUGUCCUCUCAUGCCCUCUGCAUCUUCGCAGCAGACAUUCCUGCCAAAAGCUCCACUCCUCCCCGCCAUGAACUAAAGAGCCUUGAGCUGGACACACUCUUCCGGGGGAGGGCUCCGGCAAUCCCAAAACACAGCACCGUUCCUCUGGCGGGCGACAGUCCCCCUUCGCUCUCUGCCUGCCUCAUCUACGGAAGCAGGCGAAACAAAACUAUGGCCCCGCUCUAACGCCAAACAAACACCACCACAGACACACAGCAAACAACACAGGAGCAACAAAGCUCUCCCGGUUUUCCUACUCCUUCUUCAUCGACCCUAUUUUGAAAUGUCUUGUUGCCCUGCCACCUCAGCUUCCGAGACGGCACCUGGGCCACACCGCUGCAAGAACGCACUCGCGGCCUCCGAGGCUUACUCCCGCACACAGC